UUAAGGAAUCUACUCCUGAAAUCAUUGUUGGACCAGAUGCUAACUUGGGUGUAAAAUAAGCAAUAGAUAAAUUAAAAAAAAAAAAAGACUGCAUCAGGUUGAAGAGUAUGUAGAUUGAGGAAAAGGAGACAACUAAUCUGUCUUUUUAAAAGUUUUGCUCUUAAGAGAAAGUAACAGGAAGGUUUUGAUUUGAAGAGGAAAUGUACGAUAGGGAGGAGAAGGUAGAGUCAAGAGUUUAAUUCUUGGUUGGUGUUUUGUAUUUGCUGUUUUUUGUAACUGGAAGAGAUGUGAGCAAGGAAAGUUGCAUUUACAAGAGAAAGGGUAAUAAUCACUGGAGAAAGGUCUCUGUAGUGCUAGGAGUGAAUGAGAUCUAAGCCAUGGGAGGAAGAAUUAUCCUUUUGUGGGAGGAUGAGUUCCUGUAGUAUAGAAAGGAAGGAAAAAAGGAUUCUUUGGGCUUGGUGUUUUCUAUUUGGGUAAAUUGAGAUGGUAAAUCUGAUGGCUUCUAUUUUCUCUAUGAUAGGAAGCAAGGGCAUCUAUUUAGAACAAAGAGCUUUUAGGUUAGAGGAGUGUGGGAAAAAUUAAAAUCUGGACUGUAGGAGAGAAGUGUGGCCUGCCCUCUUAGGGUUUCCAGCUGGGCCUUAGAAUUAUACUGACAUAAGGCAGAUAGUAGGAGAAGCGUACAACGAAGCGGCCGAAACAACUGCUUUUAUACUAGGUUGAACGUGGAGAGGCAAUUGUGGGAAAGUAACUAAAAUAUUUAGGUAAGCUAAAGGAAGAUAAGGAUUAUUUUAACAAGGCCUCUCUUUACAAAAUUCGCUCAGCUUCAGUUUACCAUCUAAGAGUGUUCCUUUUCUCCUGUAUAGGGAGGGCACCUUUCACAUGGAAAUUUUAUCUCCUGUUUUCAGGAAGAAAAGGAAGGAUCAGAUUGCUCUUUUUGGCAUUUGCUAUUUUUCAAGUGCCUUUAGCUCAAAAUAAUUCUUAUUCCAAAGUGGCGUAUUUUGGGGUGGCAUAUCCUGCCAUCCUUCCCCUACAAAAUAGAGUAUAACGCUGCAGAGUGUUGGGGGUCAAUUCGAAGUUAAUGGCCAUGUAUUUAUGGUGAAACCACGCAUCCUGUAUGACCUUCCCCAGCUUGGGAAAACCAAACACUGUAGAUGAGUUGAUCCAGGGCUAGAGUGUUACAGACAGGUGAGAGGCUAGACAGGGUGGGGUAGGGCAUUGUCUAGAAGAUUGCUGAAGUGAUGAACUGGCAUCUAUAUUGGAAAAUAAAGGAAAGUGCAGGCUGAUUGGGAAAAGGAAAGGCAGCCUCCUAGAGAUCUUGAUAAUAUUGAAGAAUAGAAUAAUUAAUUGAAAGGAAAGAUAGUUUAUGGUCAAAGAGCAGAAUGUUUCAAUCAGUUAUUUUGCAAUUAGACCCGACUGAGGUAAUGGCAAGGUGUAGUGUAUGGUAGCAGGAGAGAGACUAAGGUGGAAUGGAGCAGAAGAGCAGUGGACAUGGGGAUGUCACCUGUUGGGUGGAUCAUCUCUGAAGCCAUUGAAAUUACCUGGGAUGGUCACAGUAUUGAGUUGAGAAUACUGUGUGCGUACUGACAAAGUCCUUAAUAAGGACGGAGUUACCAGCAGGACAGAAGAUAAUGUCAGUGAGGCAGAUGAGGGAAGUAAUAGUCUGGCAGUGGUAAAAUGGAUGGCAAGAAAGAGUUAGGUGGGGCAUAUAUGAACAGAAGCCAACACUGAGGAACAUAGAAGUGGUAUGUUCAGGGAACGGUUAAGAUUUGUGUUAAAACAAGGGGAAUGCUCUGAGAACAUAAAGAUAUAUUGGAAUUUGCUGAUUAUGGUCCACCUGUUCUAAAAGACACAAUGGAAGGUUUGGAACGUGGAAGAGAAAUGGAGAACUGGGUCAGUUGCCCGCAAGUACAUUGUAUUAUGGAGGUAAUAUGCUGUUGAAGGUAGAUAGAGAGGAGGCGAGAUUUAGGCUUUGGGAUUUCCAGACGAAAACAGGUAGAUUGGGUGUCAACUUCCUAAGGAGAAUGGGCACUGAGGCCUGGUGGCCAGAGGAGAUUUCCCAAGAGCUGGAGUCUAAGCUCCACACGUGAUCAGUCAGUGACUUACCAGCACCUUCUGGAUUUACCUUCAAACCGAGGACUGAUGUAUUCACCUGUUUUGAAAAAUGAGGGAACUGACGUUCAGCAAGAGUCAGCAACUUCUCCAAGGAUAGAAAACUUUUUAAAAUAUCAGAAUAAGGACUUGAAUCCAGGUAUCCUGAUUCCUAGUACUGUCCCCGCACCCCCGCCCAGUUUUUCUCCAGAAGGUGGAACAGGUCUCUCUCAUUUGUCCACUUAGAAGAAAAUAUUUUGCUUAUACUUAGUCUAAAUACCUAAGGAAUUAGGCUGAACUGAAAUAAAUGAACAUUGAUUUGCUGGGGGGGAGAGGGGGGACCAACUAAAUUAUCCUAAAUCAAAUAGUUCCAUGAUACUCAAUAAAGAUUUUUUGAUAUUGUUCCCUUUGUUUGGUAAUACCUUUUCUUAAAACUAUCCAUGUUGCCUAAACUAGUUAAUAAUUUAUUCCUGAAUAGAACAGUUAAUGAUGCAAGAAUAAGCAUUCCUUAAUUUAAGGAAACCUGUUCUUCAACUUGAAAGACUUAAAACAUAAGGGGUAAUUAUUUACUUUACAAAAGGAAUCAAUAUUUCAUAAAAAGAUUCAUAAAUAGCCACUGAUAUCAUUAAUUUGUAAUGUGAUUUGAUGUAUUUAUUCAGUAAUUUAACAUUUUAUUUAUCAAGUGCAUACUAUUUGCCAGAGAAUGCAGUAGUAAACUAAAUACACCAGGCCCUGCACAUGAAGCAUCAAAUGAGUGAAUGAAUGACCAACCAAACAACAACAACAAAAGUGCUUUGCAGAAAAUUAAAAUAGGCUGAUGUGAUAGAAUGGCUGAGAGGCUGUUGUUGUUUUUUAAUUUUUUUAAUGUUUAUUAUUUAUUUUUGAGAGAGAGAGAGACAGAGACAGAGUGCAAGCAGGGGAGGGGCAGAGAGAGGAAGACACAGAACCUGAAGCAGGUUCCAGGCUCCAAGCUGUCAGCACAGAGCCGGAUGCAGGGCUUGAACUCUCAAACUGCGAGAUCAUGACCUGAGCCAAAGUCGGAUGUUUAACCAACUGAGCCACCCAGGCACCCCUAAGAGGCUGUUGUUUUAAGCUGAGAAAUUGCUGACAAGCAUGUUUUUGGCCCAGAGGAGACUUUGCUCCCUUGAAAGUAGAGCAAAAUUCCUGAAGACAAUUUAUUCUUCAAAAAUCCUCGGACUCCCUACUUCUGCUAAAAUGUCUUUGAAAAUCACCAAUGCAAAACGAAUUGAAGGCCUUGAUAGUAAUGUGUGGAUUGAAUUUACCAAGUUGGCUGCAGACCCCUCUGUUGUGAAUCUUGGCCAAGGCCUUCCAGAUAUAUCCCCUCCUGUAUAUGUAAAGGAAGAAUUAUCAAAGAUUGCAGCAAUCGAUAGCCUGAACCAGUAUACACGAGGCUUUGGUCAUCCAUCACUUGUGAAAGCUCUAUCCUGCUUAUAUGAAAAAAUUUAUCAAAAGCAAAUCAAUCCAAAUAAAGAAAUCCUUGUGACAGUAGGAGCAUAUGGAUCUCUUUUUAAUACCAUUCAAGGAUUAAUUGAUGAGGGAGAUGAAGUCAUAGUAAUAGUACCUUUCUAUGACUGCUAUGAGCCCAUGGUGAGAAUGGCUGGAGCAACACCUGUUUUUAUUCCCUUAAGACCUAAACCUGUCGAUGGGAAAAAAUGGUCUAGUUCUGACUGGACAUUGGAUCCUCAAGAACUGGCAAGUAAGUUUAACUCCAAAACCAAAGCGAUUAUACUGAAUACUCCACAUAACCCCAUUGGCAAGGUAUAUACCAAAGAAGAACUCCAAGUAAUUGCUGACCUUUGCAUCAAAUAUGACACACUCUGCAUCAGUGAUGAGGUUUAUGAAUGGCUUGUAUAUACUGGAAAUAAACAUGUAAAAAUAGCUACUUUUCCAGGUAUGUGGGAGAGAACAGUAACGAUAGGAAGUGCCGGAAAGACUUUCAGUGUAACUGGCUGGAAGCUUGGCUGGUCCAUUGGUCCUAAUCAUUUGAUAAAACAUUUACAGACAGUUCAACAAAACACUGUUUAUACUUGUGCUACACCUUUACAGGAAGCCUUGGCUCAAGCUUUUUGGAUUGACAUCAAGCGCAUGGAUGACCCAGAGUGUUACUUUAAUUCUUUGCCAAAAGAGUUAGAAGUAAAAAGAGAUCGGAUGAUACAUUUACUUGAAAGUCUUGGCCUAAAACCCAUAGUUCCUGAUGGGGGAUACUUCAUCAUUGCUGAUGUGUCUUUGCUAGAUGCAGACCUCUCUGAUAUGAAGGACAGCAAUGAACCUUAUGACUAUAAAUUUGUGAAAUGGAUGACUAAAAAUAAGAAACUGUCAGCCAUUCCAGUUUCUGCAUUCUGUAACACAGAGACCAAAUUACAGUUUGAGAAGUUUGUGCGAUUUUGCUUCAUUAAAAGACAAUCUCUAGACAAACUAUGGAAGACUUACUCAGAAGAGAAUAAAAAUGUUAACAACCUAAUGUCAACAUUUAAUUGACUGAAAUGUAGAAGAAGGGUAAGGCCAUUAAUAUUCUCAUCUUACAGUGGAUCUAGAAAUAGAGGCAUAUUAUUUGAAGUUAUAAAUAGAACUAAUAAAAGAAAAAAGUAACGGAAGACUUCCUGUUGUAAAAUCGUAAACACAGCCUUUCCCCAUUCUCUGCUUGGAAGUUAUUCAAAACAACUAGGAAAAUGGAAAACAGAUUCACAAAUUCCCCAGUAAGUGAAGAAGAGUUGCCAAAUCCAGUGAUUUGGUAGAGGGAAGACACCUAGAAAGUCUCUUGUGUCUACAUCUUCAAAUUAUAGACAGCCAGCAAGCAACCCACUCAUCAGAAGAAUAGGACAAUAAGUGCACUGGCAGAGGGAGCUUCUCCAGACUCAUGAAAGGCAGGACAGAAACAUACAGCUGUAUCAUCUAGAACCUAUGUGGGGCAGGGUGGAAAGGAGAUUCUAGUUGGGUUAUAGAUUUUCUCAUUCACUGCUGUCAUUUUUGCUAAAAGCCUUAUUGGGGAAAUGUAGAGGAAGAUAUAUUAAAUUCCAGGUAGCGACUUAAAUUAGCUGGGAGGAAAAAAAAGUAUCCUCCUCCCUCUCCACUGAAGUCCACAUCAGUCAUAUUAAACUUCACUGUGAGCCAGGGAGAAUUUCUCCUGUCUUCUAGUGUGGCUCUGUCUCCUCGCUUACACUGAGCUGCAGAUACAUCUUCAAAUCACAGAGUCAGUAGGUAGCAUAUUCAUUACCCAGAACAAUAGGAACCGUAGGUGUGCUAGCAGUGGGAGCUCACAAAGGUAAUUCAAUCAAAAAUGAGUAAUGAAAAGGAAUCCACUAUGAAUCUAUAAGAAGAUACUAUAAGGAAAAAAGGGGAAGGGUAGAAGGAAAAACAAGCAUCGGAAAGAGAAUAUUCAACCAGAAGAAUGUUGCUGUAGAGCAAAUAAAAAUCAGUAGCUCAAAUCCAAAACCUUUAAAUAGAUAAUAUAAGAAGAUGAAAUGGCAGUUUGUCAGAGCUCAGGUACAAAAUUGAAGGAGAAAAGGUAAUUGUAGUGACAUAGGAAACAGCACAGAGAACACUCAAUACUUCUGUAAGAUUAUUAAGGAUUGGGGAAAGUGAACAAGGAAGAGUGGAAAGGAUCAAAGAUUUUUUAAAAUAUUGGAAAAAUUAUGGAUGUGGAAGACAAGUGAAAUGUGUUGAAUCCCAUGGGAGGUGGAAACAAAUGAAACCUGAAAAGCAUUUUAUGGCUUUAUUUCGAGAAUGCUUUCUAUUUAAAAACAAAACAAAACAAAAAAAACCAGACAAAUCUAAUACUUGAAAGGGAAUGCCUUAUCUCAGGCAAAAUUGUCCCAGAACAAUUAACACUGAGAUACAUUGGACUUAAAAGAUAAAGAAACAAUCCUUUGGCAUCUAAACAAAAAGACCCUCGCCUUCUUGGGGGCAGGUAAAAGGAUCAGUGUGGACACACCUCCUUUACAUCAACACUCAAUAUUGGAAGAGAGGGGAGCACCACCAAGAAGUCUCUAGGGAAAGUUAAUGUAACUAACCCAACCUCUUGGAAAGGCUAAAAAUAAAAGGAUGACAAAACAUGCCAAGAAAAUGGAAAUUGAAAGAAAGCAGGUUAAAUUUAAGGCAAAAUAAGCCGAAAAGCAGCACUUCCCAGUGGUUAUGGGUAAAAUUCUCAGCAGCUAUCAAAUAUAUGAAGGGAUGUCCCACUUUACUCAUAUUACAAGAAAUGAAAAUUAAAACUGUGACAAAAUUUUACUUUAUUUAUUAGAUUGGAAACAAGCAAACAACUAAAAAGUUCCAUGAGACAAUUGUAUAGAUUGAGAGUGGGGGUAUAAUUUGUAAAAUCUCUUAACAGUCAGUUUGAAUAUUUCCAUCCAAAUGUAAAUGCACAUACUUCUUAACCCAGAAAUUCUACUUCUAGGAUUUUUUUUUUCCUGUGGAUUUACCUGCACAUUUUGAAUGACUUGUGCUUGAGGAUUUUCCAUAUUUGUAACUCCCUUCUUUGAAAAAAACUUGGCUCUCAUCACAUAAUCACUUCUUUACUCAGUCCCUCUGUAUGAGCCACCUGCCUUUCCAGCCACCACUGCUGACAAGCACCCUUUACCCUACUCAGGCUUUGACCUGAGGCCUUGUACCAGGCUGCCACUGUCACCUACUGCAGGGUCUCCUUCACCCCUCAUGGGCUCUGACACCCCAUGCCCAUCUACCUUGGCAGAUGCCUGCCUCAUCCUGUCCAGGUUCCAGCACCCUGCACAGAGCCACCCUGUGAUACAGAUGCUGGUUUACCCCGCUUGGACUCUGACACCCUGUUCCAGUCAACACUGCUGCUGCCAUCAUCACCACCUCAUGCCGCCCACAUUGGAAACCCUCCUCACUCCACUCUGGCUGCAACAUCCUGCACCAGGCCGCCUCCAUAUAUGAACACCUGCUUCACUCAGCCCCACCUAAUGGCUUUUGCACUAAAUCAUUCUGUAGAGAGGGAAGAAGAAAUAAAAGAAGUAGUGAAAGCAGAAGAGAAAAACAGGAGACUUGAUUUUCACUAUUUAUCAAUUUAAUUUUAUACCAAAUUCUGGUAUUACCUAUUCAAAAGGCAAAUGAAUUUUAUUAGUAAUUAUAACUAUGAAACAUUGAUGGGAGUGGGCAGAGUAGUGUGGAUGAAUGAAUUUUUCCCCAGAGCAGAGAAUGAUGAAUUUUGCCUGAAGUUGAUAAAUAAGGAAAUAGAACCAAAUGCAUAAUUUAGAUCUUGGAGGUAACCGCUAGAACUAAAAUGAGAAAUUGCUAUAAAAGGUUGUCUUGGAAGAUGGUGGGUAUAGUAGGAAGGAGUAGGGAGAGGAGGAGCAGAUGAGUCUUACUCUGUGGGAGCUCUUCUGUACUCUCUGAUUUGUUUCUGCAACUAUAUAUUAAUUUGAUUGCUUUCCUUUUGUAGGUCUGCCUUUGCAUUUUUACUUUGAAAAAUUCUCUUCACUUAGAUCAGAUAUUCACUUAAAUCUUCAUUUAGUGCUAUGAUGUUUCAUACUCUUUCUACUUUAUCAAAUCUGUCUUUAUCUUAAAGUGAACAAAUCAUUAGAGUACUAUCCAAAACUUAAUGAAUGGUGGCUGUAAUUUGCUCACCUGGCCUAUUUUCAAUUCGGCAAAUGCCAGCUAGUAGUAGUACCGUUCGCCGUGUGUCAGAAAGAAACAUCUUCAUGUUUGUAAAUGUCAUUUUAGCAGAAGACAGACUUUGCAGAUUUUAGUGCUUUUAGUUAACUAGUCUUUCAGUAAACUUUUCUGAGCAGCAAGGAAAAAUAAUUGUUUUCGGGAAUCUUAGUGUUGGAUAAAUAGAUAUCAAUAAAUACACGGAUUUCUCAAAUGAAAAGGAUUUCUCCCAUAUGAAUUCCUUUCCUAAAGACAUUCCAAUACCUCAACUGGAGAUUGACUAUCAGUCCUAUAAUCUCCCAUGCUUAUAAAUGGACAUCGUGAGGGUGUCAUGUCAUGUUCAGAAGGGCGUGAGGUGAGAAGCAAGGAAGCAAAAAUAAUAAAUAUCAAUCCCAUCAGCACAUCCUUGAGUCUUGCUGCUGACGUCAAUGUCAUUUAUGAGUCUGGGUCUCUGGCACUGCCAGUUGCUUGUGCUGCCAAAAUGGUUAUAAAUCGUGAGAGGGUCCACACUGGUAGACAUGGUUUUGGCUGGGAUCAGGUUAAACUGUUUUCAAUCUGAUUUGCAUUUAUACAGUUUGGUGAUGCUUUUUGGCCCCAUGGCAGUUAAUUCUGUACAUUUUUCAGUGUCAGGCUAGUAGCAAUGAACUGGCAGCCACUAUCACAAAGCAGUAUGACGUAGUGACUGGUGUCACACUUCUCCAGCUCCUCUAAUAUUGAAUUCUUAGGAGGUUCAUACACUUUUCCAGCCAGGCAGUAAUGGGAAAUAACAUUAUAAAUAAUUGGCUUGUUUGAUUUGCUGGUGGGCUGUUUAAAGAACUUGGAAUCUGUGUACCACACAGUCAAGCAAGGGAAGAUGCUACAAAUGCCAUUUCCCAGUUUCUGUCCAUGCUCCUCCCAGAGUUAAGGCUUACUACAGGCAAGGCUUCCAAUGACUCAUCUCCUGGGAAGACACGAUCCCUGAAUGAAUGCUCUGGGGUUUGGCGCGCGGCAGAGGCCAAGGACAGCCUGGAGCCCAACUAGGCCUGGCUCAAGUUGUCCGGGAUUGAGGAGCACUUGGUUUCCAAAUCACUACAUGACUCUUCUGAUCCAUUAACUUUGGCAUAUUUUUUAUAUUUAAAUAUUUAAUUCAUCUUGAAUUUAUUUGAUAUGUAAUGAUGAUUAUUU